AUGGCUAUGCUCUGCCUCCAUGGAGCCCUCCCCACAACCACCGUUGCAUCUAGCAACUGGUAUUCAGAAGCAUCAAUGCCUCCAGGAGGCAGAGCAUCACCAUGCAUGGAGAAUUGUAGCCUAAGAGAGGAAUCCUGUGGCGGCGGCAGGAGAUUAUUAAGACAAGGAGACACAGGACUGGGAGGCCAGGAGGAGAAGGAACCUUCAGAAGGGAACUGUUUCCCCAAUGAACUUUGCACUGUAUUAGAACUGCUCAACCAGCUUGAUGGUUUUGAGGCCACCAAGAACAUCAAAGUCAUCAUGGCAACCAACCGCAUAGACAUCUUGGAUUCAGCCCUGCUUCGUCCUGUGUGUAUCGACAGAAAAACUGAACUCCCUCCACGAAAUGAAGAGGCUCAACUUGACAUCUUGAAGAUCCACUCUCGCAAGAUGAAUCUGACCCGGGGAAUUAAUUUGCAGAAAAUUGUGGAGCUGAUGCCAGGGGCUUCAGGGGCUGAGGUCAAGGGCGUGUGCACAGAAGCUGGAAUGUACGCGCUGAGGGAGAGGGUACACGUAACUCAAGAAGACUUCAAGAUGGCUGUAUCAAAGGUUAUGCAAAAAGACAGGAAGAAUAUGUCUAUCAAGAAGCUAUGGAAAUAAGUUGCUGCCCUACCCAAGCAAGUGAAUUCUGACCUCAUUCUCCACUGUAAUCUUUACACCCCAAUGUCCUUUCCCCCCUCUUAAUAAAACUUAAUAU